AAUUAUACGUGCAGCAGUUCCGGAACGUCCAUGUUAGUUGAUGAAGGACUGUAAACAGGAUUCUUACGCAGGCCUUCAUCGCUUGUGUGUUUUUCUGUUGUAAAGGGACCCGUGUGACCUGUCCAAAAUGUCAGGACCAAACGCAUUAAAUUCCAAGCAGCCGCCGAUUCAGUCGACGGCUGGAGCUGUGCCGAUCCGCAAUGAAAAAGGUGAACUUUCUAUGGAGAAGGUGAAGGUGAAGCGAUAUGUGUCAGGUAAGCGUCCAGAUUAUGCCCCAAUGGAGUCCUCAGAUGAAGAAGAGGAGGAUUUCCAGUUUGUUAAGAAGGGUAAAGAGGCUGAACCAGAGAUGGAAGUUGAAGAGGAGGAAAAAUCUGAUCCUCGUCUUCGACGUCUCAUGAAUCGAGUCUCUGAAGAUGUUGAAGAAAGGAUUGCUAGACACCGACAGAUAGCAGAGCCAGAGCUGAUUGCUCAAAGCAGCGAGGACUCGGAUGAAGGAACCUGGCACCCUGAACGAGAGGAGAGCAGCGAAGAUGAAGAGGAGGAGGAAGUUGAUGAUGAAGAAAUUGAGAGGAGGAGAGCAAUGAUGCGUCAACGUGCACAAGAGAGGAAGAACGAGGAAAUGGAGAUCAUGGAGGUGGAGGAAGAGGGGAAGUCCGGUGAGGAGUCUGAAUCAGAGUCCGAGUAUGAGGAAUACACAGACAGCGAGGAUGAAGCUGAGCCUCGGUUGAAACCUGUGUUCAUUCGCAAAAAGGACAGGGUGACAGUCGCAGAACGAGAAGCAGAGGAGCAAAAACAGAAAGAACUGGAAGUCGAAGCCAAAAAACAAGCUGAAGAGCGGCGCCGCUACACACUAAAGAUUGUAGAGGAAGAGGCCAAGAAAGAGUAUGAGGAGAACAAACGUACUCUGGCUGCUCUUGAUGCUCUGGACACAGAUGGGGAAAAUGAGGAGGAGGAAUAUGAGGCCUGGAAAGUGAGAGAACUGAAGCGCAUUAAGAGGGACAGAGAAUCCAGAGAAGCAAUGGAGAAAGAGAAAGCAGAAAUCGAAAGGUUUCACAGCCUUACAGAGGAAGAGCGCAGAGCAGAACUGCGCACAAAUGGAAAACUCAUCACCAACAAAGCAACAAAGGGCAAAUACAAGUUUCUGCAGAAGUAUUAUCACAGAGGAGCUUUCUUCAUGGAUGAAGAGCAAGAUGUCUUUAGGAGAGACUUUAGUGCUCCAACUCUUGAGGACCAUUUCAACAAAACAAUCUUACCCAAAGUCAUGCAGGUCAAAAACUUUGGACGUUCUGGACGUACAAAAUACACGCAUCUGGUGGAUCAGGACACCACUUCAUUUGAUUCUGCAUGGGCUCAGGAGAGCGCUCAGAACAGCAAGUUCUUCAAACAGAAGGCAGGGGGUGUCAGAGAUGUGUUUGACCGGCCAACAGUGCAUAAGAGGAAGACAUAAUCCUGUUAUUUAUCCUAGAAGAGCAAAUUCAGCUCAAACAAGGACACUUUUAAACUCCCCUGCCCCACAUCACUCCUGUUUUACAUGCUAGUGUUGGAGAAAUCUUAUAAAGCCAUCUUUAUUGCAUUUGGAUUGUGUACAUCUAGAUAAUGUUUCAUGUGUACAGAAUUCUGACUAUUUAGUUUCAUUAUUUCUAAUGUGGAAAAAAAAAUGUACUUUUAGUUUUGUGGUAAUAAAUUGCUAUGACACUGA